AGCAAAUUUAACGCAUCACAUUAUCACGAUCGGGUAAUUACAGAACACUCACAUAAUAAGGCAAAACUUUUGCAAUUCAGCUACUCUACAAGGGCUAUCCCAACAGCUCAGCGACACGAUGACGGUGAUGCAGUGCCCAGCCCAAGAGACCAUGGAGAAUGUGCAGCUUCCGGGUAAGGGACCUUUUACUGAAUGUCAAAGUUCAUUGCAAGAAUCAGAAUCAAUGAACACGCCAUUCUUGUAAAAAAUGUAACCUCGACUAUGAAACUAUGACACCUCUUCGAAAAUUUUGUACUUUUUUCAAAUACAGCCACCAUGGCCGGUUUGAAGCCAUAUCCGGAGGUGUGCUACAUGGAAGGCUGCCACGAAAUGCCCAACAAAUCCGGCGAUGGCGGUGUCAAAGUCACUGAUAUGCAGUAUUUUUAACGGAUUAUGAUGAAGAUUCAGAGGGCUCCCGAAGAUAGACCGAGGUCAUAUUUGACUGUCACAUACAGUGGCUGUUCAUUAGACAUACACACUGCAUGAAUCUGUUCUUGACCCUGAGUGUCCAUGAUGUUCGUCAAGAAGAUUGAGUGAAACAAGCUGAAAAUACUCACGAUCGAUCAUAGGCCCUGCUACGGUGACGGUUGCUCUAUCUGUUCCAUCUACUGCACUUUCCCGGCUUGUAUUGGUUGCAGUGGCGCUGACGAAACCUGCUGCUCUCAGUGCACUUAUGCUUGCUGCAAGGUGCUUUCAUUUUUUUGGACAGCACUCACCGACCGACCUUCUGAAGAAUCUGAUGUCCUACUCACAUAAUCCAAAGCUAGUCUGACAUUAUCAUUCUUAGUUUCGAGUCCUCCUUCACCACGUCUCACAGGACCAAGCAGCUCAUUCCUUUUGUCCUGCAGAGUCCUAAGCCCCUCAACAGGUCCUUGACUGCUCUGAUGCCGAGAAGCGCUGCUGCACUUUCGUGAACUGCAAUCACUACCUCAUCGUGCCGCGCACGUGCCGCCAGCAGACAUGUCAUUAUGAACAAAAUUCCAAAAAAAGAUGAUGUAACCUGCUUGAGUACCUAGAAAUGCAUAUAUAGUUAGUAAAUAGUUCCAGUUGUUUAGAAAUCUUCUAGACGCUAUUUUAUAUUUUAUCCACAUACAUUUCUACUUUUUACUUUUCCUAAUUAGGUUGGCUCCACCCAGAUAUUAGGAAUUAGUUGCUCAAUAACUAUCUAAUUCUAACUGACGGGUACGCCUACAAUCUAGAAAAUUCAUCAUCCUUCAUGUUAGUAAAUGGUCCAUUAUCUUCCCAUUGCUCCUCUCUAAUACGCAUGCUGCUGCGUCGAUGGUCGCCAGGCUUUUCCUUGCACCAAGGAGGUUCCGUGCCUCAUCAACUGCCUGUGCUGCACGUGCUUCGCCAACUGGGGCACCUCCUGCCAAUGCUGCAAGACCAUUGGAGACUUGAUUCCGUCGCUGAAGGAGUAAACCUGUACAGUGAUACAAGGUUGUAGUUUAUUACGUUUAACAGAUGAAGUUACUAGCAGGAGGUAGUUGACGCUGGUUCAAAUUCCUUCGAGGAGGGGAAAGACGCGCAGUUCUAUGCGCAUAUGCACAGUUGAAGAACCCUUGCAGUAUACUUAGAUAAGGUGAUGUGAAAAGAUUCUUUGAUUUUUUUCUCAAGUUUUUUUCAUGAUUUUAAUUUUCAACUUCAACUAUUUACAGUACAAAUAGAACAGUAAAAGACAAGUGUGAUGGACGUAUUACUAGUAGUUUUCCUUUUCGGAUUUAGUAGUGAUUCAGGAAAGUAGCUCUACCCGAUUUCAUGUCGCUAGGAUGCGAUGUGUCAACCUCAUCACAAAUCUUAGGCGUCUUUUCAUCUAGCCGAAGAAAAAAAUAGAAUCUAGUAGAUUUUCAUUCUAUUUAGAUAAUGCACAUGCACUACAACCCGUACUCCUUCUCAUGUUCAACGACAAUGUUUGUGUUUCCAAGUACCUGUGAGUCCCUUUGUGUCGGCAAUACAACAAAAACCUAAACGGAUCACCAAAGACUAGCAGAAACGAGAUACCAAGCUAACGGACCUGCUCUUUGCGCUAAGAAUGGUUUUCUCGAUUUUGUUGGUCAAACGAUUCUCGCAGUCCGUUUUUUCGCCGUCCGCAUGUUGUCGCGCUCGGGGGUGGUCACUUCCCGGACACACCUUUGGCUGCGGUCCC